CCAUCAUCAUAACAGGCAUCAUCAUCACAAACAUCAUCAGAAAAAAAAUGAUGAAACGCAUGAAAACCAGAAUAGGUAAGUAAUUUGCUCGAUGUUUUGAGAGUGUGAGUGAAAAUAGAGAGACUUAUAUCAUGAAAGUUUUCAAUAUUGGUUUUUAAUGAAAAAAGUGCGGUCAUAGGUAAAGAUUUUAUGAAGUCUUAAUAUUUCUAUUCUGAUGAAAGCAAAUGCGUAUUCGCAAUAAAAUUUACCUUGAGAAUAUAAUUUAAGUUGUGAGAUUUUCCAUCUCGAUCUAAAAUCGUACAACAGGUCUUUUAAAUUGUUUGCGAUAUAUUUGCACUGUCUGUCAUUAUAGUCAGAAUAAGCUAUCAUCCUCUACAUCAACUGAUCUGGUCCCAUCCCCACAACAACAUCAUCACCAAUUAUCGAAAAGAACAUCAGCAACACAUCAAACUCCGUUAACAUUUCAUGGCUUACCUAUGAUAUCAUCAGCAGCCGAUGAACCUCGUCAAAUCCCCAUUCAUGGUGAAGCGCCUGUUGUUGAUCCCCGUAUAAAAAUUUAUUCAAAUCGUUUAAAAUCAAAAGUUCGUCAAUUAUGUCUGGAACGUUUAGAACAAUCGAAAUCAAACAGUGAUAGAGCUCAAUUAUUUGAUGAAUUGGAUACGCUGGUGGAAUGUCACGGGAAACGUUUAUAUUGGUAUAGAGUUAUUUGUUUUCUACAAAAUAUUCAAACGCAACCAAAAGCUUGCUCAUCAUACAUCCGAGAAUUGAAUAAAUUGUUAAUAUUAACACCAACAUUAUCAAAAUUAUUAAAAGUCAAACAGCGAUAUCCAAAAAAGAUACCUAUUGAUGACGUAUCCCCCUUAGUUGACCCUCGAAUAAAUAGUUCAUUUUAUCUGAAACCACAAAGUAUUUUGAUGAAAUCGUUACAAUACGAUUCACUUGAUGUUGAUAAACCAAUUUUAGAUAGUGAAGAUAUUCAGAGUCAACCGUAUAUGCAACAGCCGCAACAACACCCAAACGAAAAUGACGACAGUGAAAAUGAUAUGAAUGAAAAUGAUUUUGAUCAAGAAGAAAUGGAUAUUGAAGAAGAGGAAGAAGAGCGAGAAGGCGAUCAAAAUGACGAAGAGUGA